AUGACAUUUACAAGUGCCUCUCACAUCGGGAGGAAGUCUCAAGGCGAUGGACAAUAAGUUAUUUGGACCCGGGUUGGGAUCAGGAGAUCGGUGGCAGAGCCUGACGCGAAGCCAGGGGGAGUGGUAACAAUUGGCAGUGAUCAGUGAGGUCAGGCCGCUAUGUUAUGCAAGCCAUGAAGCACGUGGAACCUGCCCUGAAACAAACCAUUCAAAAUCUGCCCACGUCGGCUUUCAGUGGAUAUUACCGGGGUGGAUUUGAGGCUAAAAUGACAAAGAGAGAGGCAUCUCUUAUUCUGGGAGUGAGCCCCACAGCUAACAAAGUUAAGGUGCAGGAGGCUCACAGGAGGAUCAUGGUACUGAACCACCCAGACAAAGGUGGAUCUCCAUACCUUGCUUCCAAAAUUAAUGAGGCUAAAGAUUUGUUAGAUUCUCAGUCCAAGAAAUGAUCUCGCAGGAAGAAUGCUCAGCUCGUGGCCACAGUAAAAUCAAACUGACUUAACUCUUUAAUCAUCCUGGAAAUUCCUUGUGUACAUUUUAAAUAAAUCACGUGAAGAUAUUUAAGUGUA